CCUGCAACUUCAUUUAUUCUUCAACCUUUCUAUUUGAUAAUGAUCCUUGCACACCAUGGAUUUUAAAACUCCCUAUUCUCUCUGCUUCUUGUUGCUUUUUCUGCUGUUUACAUUUUUCACUGGUGCUCAAUUUUAUGAGAACAUAUCAUUGGGUUCAUUCCUCACAGCACGUGAAGAUACCUCGUUCUGGGCAUCACAUUCAGGUGAAUUUGCUUUUGGUUUCAAGCAGAUUCAGAAUGGAGACUUCAUACUCGCCAUCUGGUUUAACCAAAUACCUGAAAAGACCACUGUCUGGUCAGCCAAUAGAAACAGACUAGUGCAGAGGGGAUCCACAGUUCGGCUAACUAAACAUGGUUGCCUGGUGCUGAUUGAUCAAACAGGUCGACAGAUAUGGAGUGCUUAUGGUGGUACAGAAGUUGCUUAUGCGGCCAUGCUUAAUACUGGGAACUUCAUUCUGGCAAACCAAAAGUCCGCCAAUCUCUGGGAGAGUUUUCAGUAUCCAACAGACACAUUAUUGCCCACACAGACAUUUAAUCAAGGCAGCAAGCUCGUUGCUUGUUACUCGGAAGCAAAUCCUUCCACAGGAAGAUUCCUGUUGACUCUAGAAUCUGAUGGAAACCUUGUGCUUUACACUACAGCUUUCCCGGUAGAUAGUCCUAAUUAUCCCUACUGGUCUUCUGAAACUUUUGACGGUAGUUCUCAUGUGAUUUUCAACCAGUCUGGCUACGUAUACCUUGUUGAGAAGAAUGGAAGCAUGAUCAAUGUAUUGUCAGGCGGAGCUUCAACAGAAGACUUCUUUCAGAGAGCCAUUCUCGAAUAUGAUGGAGUUUUCAGACACUACGUCUAUCCAAAGAGUAAUGGCUCAACUUCAGGGAGGUGGCCGCUGACCUGGUCCCCUUUGUCGUUCAUACCUUCAAAUAUUUGCACCAGUAUUACUGGAGAGGUAGGAUGUGGAGCUUGCGGGUUCAACAGUUACUGCACAAUAGGAAAUGAACAAAGACGAAAAUGCCAGUGCCCUCAAGGUUAUAGCUUCUUUGAUCCAAAUGAUGUAAUGAAGGGAUGCAAACAGGACUUUGUUCCACAAAGUUGUGAUAAUGUAUCACUGGAGGCAGAGCUUUUUGAAUUUCUAGAAAUGCAGAAUACCGACUGGCCACUAUCUGAUUAUGAACAUUUUGAAUUAGUCUCCGAGGAUUGGUGCAGGAAAGCUUGCUUGAGUGAUUGUUUCUGUGUUGUUGCUAUCUUCAGAGGCACAGACUGCUGGAAGAAAAAAUUUCCCCUUUCGAAUGGCCGGAUGGACACCAGUGUUGGUGGUAAAGCUCUGAUCAAAAUAAGGAAAGAUUCUUCUAAUUUGCAGCCAGCAGAUCCAGAUGAAGAAAAGAAACAUCAUUCGACUUUGUUCAUAAUCGGCUCAGUGUUGUUUAGUAGCUCUGUAUCCUUAAACUUUCUUCUCCUAAUUGCAGCAGUUAUGAGUGCUUUCCACUUCUAUAAUAGGAAAAACAGUACAUUUCAACAAUACCCAGUCAUGCCAGGCAUAAAUCUUCGGUGUUUCACUUAUAAUGAGUUACAGAAGGCCACAAACGGAUUCAAGGAAGAAUUGGGCAAGGGUGCUUUUUCCACAGUUUAUAAAGGUGUUCUAGCAUUAGAUGAUAAAAUCUUCAUUGCAGUGAAGACGCUAAACAAUAUGGUGAGAGAAAAUGACAAGGCAUUCAAAACAGAAGUAACUGCAAUUGGGCAAACAAAUCACAGAAACUUAGUCCAACUUCUUGGUUUCUGCAAUGAAGGGCAACAUCGCCUUCUUGUUUAUGAAUUCAUGAGCAAUGGCUCAUUGAGAGAUUUUCUGUUCAGAGGUUCCACGCCCAAUUGGUACUUGAGAAUACAAAUUGCUUUAGGAACUGCAAGAGGACUGUCUUACUUGCAUGAAGAAUGCAGCACACAGAUCAUACAUUGCGAUAUCAAACCUCAGAAUGUACUUUUAGAUGAUGCUUUGACAGCAAGGAUUUGUGAUUUUGGAUUAGCCAAGCUUUUGAAGGCAGAGCAAACUCAAACAAGCACUGCAAUUAGGGGCACUAGAGGAUAUGUGGCACCAGAAUGGUUCAAGAACUUGCCUAUCACAGCCAAGGUAGAUGUUUACAGCUUUGGCAUUUUGUUUCUAGAGUUAAUUUGCUGCAGGAAGAACUUUGAACCAGAGGUCAAGGAUGAAAAUCAGAUGGUUCUAGCUGAUUGGGCAUAUGAUAGCUACAGAGAAGAAAAUGUACAUGUCUUAGUGCAGGAUGACCAAGAUGCAAUUUACGAUAUAAGGAGGCUGAAGAAUUAUGUGAUGAUUGCAAUCUGGUGCAUUCAAGAGGAUCCUGCACUAAGACCAACCAUGAAGAAAGUUGUACAGAUGAUAGAAGGAGCGGUCCAAGUUCCUGUUCCUCCAGAUCCCUGCUCAUCUCAGUACACAAGUAGUUCCUUUGAUAUGAGCAGCAUCCGUUAAAUUUGGGGUGCUUUCACGUUAAAUGUUGCAGAACCCUAGGCAAUAGUGUAAACCUGUCGCAAUGAGUAUAAAAAUCAGUCUUUGUCGUAAAUGAUUAUAUGCGGGUUAAAGUCUUCUGGUGAUUCAGAAGGGCAGCACAACUGAAACAAAGCAACUAGUAAUCUAUAUGUAGCGUGCUGGCUAUUGGGCUAUAACUCGUGG